AUGGUUGAACAAUCUUCUCUCUACUUCGAUGAGACUAUUCUUAUUGUAUCAAAACGCUCAUCAGAAUGUUCGGCACAAAUAGUCUCCGAUCUUGUCUCAAACUUGGAUUCAGAAUUUGAUGCUUGGUCUGUGUCAUUGCCGCCUCAAUCGAACCAAGAUACUUGUGUUGCUCAUGCGAUUAUUGAUAGGCAAAUCGAUAUCAAGAGCGGCUCCUUGCUCACCCGCAAACUGCCGCUACUGCUAUCCUUUCAAUCUAGGCCGGCUCAUUUGCUGUCUAUAUCGGUGGAAGUGGUAUCUCGUCGAACAGCCAUUUCUAAUGGUUCGGCCGAUGCUCUUUUCAACGCGGAUUUGAAACGACAGCUAGUCGGAAAGGUGUUCCUUCAAUCCAGCGACGAAUUAUUUAUCGACUUGAAAAACGCAAGACUACAAGUAAAGACUGUCACACUUCGAGAGAAGUUACAGACUCCAACUUUUCGAUUCGUGAUAGUUGUGCAUAGCACUCGAAUCACGAUUCAAAAUAAACAAAAUAUUUCCUUGACAAGUGGCGACCGGUACAACCCUUCAGACCCGUCCCACGUGGCAAAGUUACUGAUUGAUACAUUCCAAUGCGUCAAAAAAAGAAUCCCAAUACCGAGGACCUUCCUUCUCUCUGGAAACCCUGGCGUUGGCAAGACUUUUUCAGUGAAAGCAGCCUAUACUCAGUGCGCUUGUUUUGUGAAGAUGGUAUCGUUACGGGGUUCCGAGUUGUUACAAAAUGAUUCCAACCCAGCGCGUGCACUAGAGCGAGAGUUCAAAAAUGCACUUUCAGUAGCAAGCAACUCAGUGGUCCUGUUGUUUCUGGACGAGUGUGACGCAUUGGUUAGCGUUGACUGUGUGGCUUCUGCAUUGGCGAUGUUGCUUGAUCGCUUGAGUAAAUAUGGAGAACAGCUUAUUGUUGUUGGAGCUACCAACAGAAUCGACAGUAUUCCUAUCUGGUUGCGUCGGGCUGGACGAUUUGACUGUGAGAUCCCAGUGUUGCCACCUACUGCAGAACAGCGAAAUGAGGUUCUUCUACAGUUGUUUCGAGAAAAGACAACGGAACACAUGGGGGAAAAGGACCGUGACGAGAUAUUGAGAAUCUCUGAGAAUACUGUAGGUUAUGUUCCAGCUGAUUUGCAAGCUCUGGUCAACAGAGCUAUCUUCCUUCGACACAAAGAGGAAACAUGGUCUAAUCGAAAAUAUGUCUAUUCGAGUUCUGUAGUGGACUACUUGGAAGGUGCAACGCAAGACGUCGGGGCAUCAUCGUUGCGUGAUGCUGCGUUCUGCAAGCCUCCGAAUGCUGACUGGAAUGAUGUUGUUGGAGACCCAGGUGGUGCAAAGACUGCACUCCGACAGGCAGUUGAAUGGCCCCGUCAAAAGAAGGGCGCAUUUGAGGACCUGGGAUUGACUCCCCCUCGUGGAAUACUUCUUCAUGGUCCACCUGGAUGUUCGAAAACGACAUUGGCAAGAGCCGCCGCUGGUGCAUCCGGAGUAGGGUUCUUGAGUAUGAACCCAGCACAGGUGUAUGCCUCGCCUUUCGUCGGAGAAGCCGAGCGACUCGUUAGAAGAUCGUUCAUUUUGGCAAGAGCUGCGGCUCCGUGUAUUUUGUUCUUUGAUGAAGUCGAUUCGCUAUUUGGAAACGGAAAUCAAUCUCGUGGGAAUUCUGCAGAGGCCCGUGUCCUAUCGACAUUUCUAAAUGAAAUGGAUGGCGUUGACAACAACAACAAAUCUGAUUGUGCUCUCUUGGUUCUCGGAGCAACAAAUCGCCCUUGGGCACUCGAUUCUGCUUUGCUCAGACCCGGUCGUCUUGGCGAUAAGAUUGUUUACGUGCCUCCACCGGAUCACCAUGCCAAAAAACUGAUUCUUCAAAUGCAGAUUCCAGGUGGGGAGGACAUCGACUUUGAAGCCAUGGCGGUUAUGUGCGGCACUAUGACAGGCGCAGAGAUUAUUGGAGCAUGCCAAACCGCAAAGAUGCGAAUGCUUCGAGACAUGACAGUGCACGAGGAUGACACUGCCCCAAACCAAAAAUUUGAACAAGAUUAUUUGGUUGAUGCUAUUCACGCUGUCAAACCAUUUUUGUCGAAUCCGAAAAAUUUGGACCAUUUCCGCAGCUUUGAUAACAAUGACUAG